AUGUCCGCAUUGUGGAGCAGGCAAGUUGAGCCACUUAUCGGAAAGUUUGGGCGCACAGAUGCAGUGCCAAGUUUUGCAAAAAAAAAAACAAUUUCCAACCCCACGAAUUUCAUUUCAUUUUCGUGCAGGGAGCUGGUGCCAGCAAAACCAGUCUGCAGAAAGGCCUCCAUCCUCCUGUGCGCCACUGCCGCCGUGCCCCGGCAUUGCCUGUCCAAGAUCAUGGAAGUGGACGACAGGAUUGUAUCACGCAUUUACAGCAACCUCGACAUCGCCCGUGCGCGUUUCGUACUCGCACAUGAGAAACACAUACAGCAUGGUGGGAUUGCUCGGUGGGUGGAUGUGGAGGUUGACGAGGUCGAUUUGGGCACAGGGUUGGUGGAAAACAACGACACGCCCAAGUUGAACGCAAAGUGGGAGCAAUGGUUGGGAGUGGUUCAACUUGGCUCGAACCGUCAUGUGGGUGAAGCACAUUACACCAAAGUGCACAGCUUGUCUUUGCCCGACGCCAAGAAGUUCAAGGUGUUCGUGCCUGCCCUGCGUGACCUGGAAGGCUUGCUGCGCAAAGCUGAGAUUCCUGUGAGCAUCGCUGCGUUGGACCUGACCGCUUCGCCCGCCCCCCCGGAUGCGUUCCUGUGGGAAUACCCAGCCGCAGUUGCGCCACACAUCCAGCUCAUCCUGCCGAGAUCCAUGGAUGGAGAGGCCGGAGUGGUCGAUUACGACGGUGUAUGGGACGCGCGGUCAUUGGCAAUGGCAGCAUGCCGCCUCGCCGGUCCUCGCGCCCCGGAGAUCUCAGCGGAGGAGAUCUCCCGCUUGGAGAACGGUAUUCAGAAGCUUCGCGACCUGAUUUUCGAGAUGCUGUUUCUGCAGGAAGUGCCCCUGCAAGACGUGGGCCGAAAGAAGGCCUGGUGGUCGCGGUGGCUGCAUCGAGUGCCCCAGCAGGUGCGCAGCCUUGUGUUCUUCAGCAAACGUAGUGACGACGUGGUGUGA